AUGGCUCCUGUGAGAACUUCCCCUGUGUCACUGUUGCUGCUGCUGAGUCUGUUGGCCAUAGUGAAGGCAGGAACAAUAACCCCACAAAAUCCAGAAUGCCCAAAUACUGAGGACAAGAACUCCCCUCAGAGCGUGAGAGUCAACCUAAACAUCCUUACCCGGAAUGUGACUUCUAGAAGGCCCUUAGAUUACUACAAACGAUCUACCUCACCUUGGACUCUCCACUGCAAUAAGGACCCUGAGAGAUACCCCGAUGUGAUCUGGGAGGCAAAGUGCCGCCAUUUGUUCUGCGUCGGUCCUGACGGGAAGAUUGACCACCACCUGAACUCAGUCCCCAUCCAGCAGGAGAUCCUGGUCCUGCGCAGGGAGGCCCAGCACUGCCCCCCAUCCUUCCGGCUGGAGAAGAUGCUGGUGAAUGUGGGCUGCACCUGUGUCACCCCCAUUGUCCGCCACGUGGCUUAA